UGUGCCUCCGCGCGGUCAACAGGUGGCGCUGCUUCCACACACGCCCCCUCCACGUGUCUAAGAUAGCGAGACGACACCUCAUGGCGAGUUCGGUGUGAGGCAAGAGUCUCCAUCUCGCGUUCCUCUUAAGCCCUUGGCCAGCAUAAGAGCAUCAAGAGGAAAGAAGAAUAAAGGAGAAAGUAGAAGAGAGAGAGAGAGAGAGAGAGAAAGAGAAAGAGAGAGAGAGAGAGAGAUAAAGAGAGAGAGAGGGACGCCUCAGAGAAGAGGGUCGUCUGAUACUCUUUCUCUCUCAACUGUUUCAGAUUUGUUAUUAUGUGCGUUUUCUGUGAGUGAUAUUGUGCUCUGUGAAGUCUUUACAUACAUACGUGUGCGUACCAAGUGACUCUGGAUUGUGCGUUAAUCGUUGCUUGCUUUACUGUGAAAAGAUAUAUGUAUUAGAAGAAAAAUAAAAUUGUCAGUGUAAUAAAAGAAGGAAGAAAAAAUAGAAGACGAAUCGAUAUACAUUCGUGAGUGAGACCUUUCUGACAUUACUCGAUCAUCUUGCGUAAAAUUUGGGUUCCUCCCCGAGUCCCACUUGAUCGACCAGGAUGGUGCUGCUGUGGACCCAGCACGAGGGCGAGCGCCUUGAGCCCCAGCCCACGGACGAGCAGCUCCUCCAGAGCCCCCGCAAGGAUGACAAGGACAACCUCAAGCCCUCGACCUCCAAGGCCCCCGAGGACGCGGCCGCCGUCGCCACCACCUCCUCCUCGUCGCCCGUCCCGACGAUCAGGGUUGAGGACCUGAGCGUGGAGGUCGAGGCCCAGCCGCCCUCCGAGAAGCACGUGGUCACCCUGCGACAGGUCUCCGACGUGAUCAAGAGGAGCGCCUUCAUCCCCUCUCCCUCUCCGUCCGCGGCGGCCUCCUCUCGCUACGCCUACUCCUCCACGUCCUCGACGGCCUCCUCCUCGUCCGCCUUCCCCUCCCCGUCCUCCUCCCCCUCGUCGCCCCCGUCCCACCCUCGGUCUCCGCUCCAGCCCCCUCCCUCGAGCUCGCCCUCGGUCCUCGAAGGCGCCAUCGUCGAGGAGAUCUCGGUGGACACCCUGGAGGUGGCCUCGUCCUCCGCCGAGUGCGUGACCCGCCUCCCCCCCGAGAAGACGGCCACGCUCGGCCCCGCCAUCAGCCUCGAGAAGAAGGAAGGAGACGAGGACGAAGGAGAAGCGGCAGGAAGGAAGAAGAAGCAGCACAAGAGGAAGUUCUACACGCUCCCCAGGAACUGGAGGAGCAAGGCGGCCGACUUCAUCCUCACCAAAGGCCAUUCUCCAGGACGUUCCUCCUGGACCUUUUUCUAG